AUGGUGUGCGAGGCCGAGAAUCCGCCGCCCCACGCCGAUGGCCCGGCUCUUAUAGCAAUUACAAAGCGAACGCUUGUCAGCUCUCCCGCGCCCUCAAAUCCAGCCCUCAACUUCCCCUGCCUCGACAAGAUCGAAUCUCGCUCCGCACAGCUCAGCGCCAACCCAAACUCCCGCACAUCAUCAUCCUCCUCAUCAUCAUCAACCGCCGGCCCUGAGCCCUCAUACACUUCCGGCGUCACGCUCAACUACCACUGCAAAGAUCCUCUACUACUCGACUGGGGCGGCAUCCUCCCUUCCUUCAACAUCGCCUACGAAUCAUGGGGCCAGCUCAACGCCGACCGCUCCAACGUCAUCCUCCUGCACACCGGCCUCUCCGCCUCAUCCCAUGCUCAUUCCACAGACGCCAACCCAGCUCCCGGCUGGUGGGAAAAGUUCAUCGGCCCGGGAGCCCCCCUCGACACUGACCGCUUCCACAUCAUCUGCACAAACGUCAUCGGUGGCUGCUACGGCUCGACGGGCCCCAGCAGCGUCGACCCGGCCAACGGCGAGAUGUACGCCACGCGCUUCCCCAUCCUGACCAUGCAGGACAUGGUGCGCGCGCAGUUCCGCCUGCUGGACCACCUCGGCAUCGACCGCCUCUACGCCAGCGUCGGCUCUAGCAUGGGCGGCAUGCAGUCCCUCGCCGCGGCGGUGCUCUUCCCCGAGCGCGUCUCACGCGUGGCCACCAUCAGCGGCUGCGCCAGAAGCCACCCCUACAGCAUCGCCAUGCGGCACACGCAGCGCCAGGUGCUGAUGAUGGACCCCAACUGGAACCGCGGCUUCUACUACGGCCGGGUGCCGCCUCACGCGGGCAUGAAGCUGGCCCGCGAGAUUGCCACCGUGACGUACCGAUCCGGACCCGAGUGGGAGCAGCGCUUCGGCCGGCGGAGGGCCGAUCCAAGCAAACCCCCGGCAUUGUGUCCGGACUUCCUCAUCGAGACGUAUCUCGACCACGCCGGCGAAAAGUGGUGCCUUACCUAUGACCCCAACAGCUUGCUGUACGUCAGCAAGGCCAUGGACCUCUUCGACCUCGGUUACGAGAACCAGAUCAGCACUCAGGCCCGUCGAGCCGCUCGAAAGGAUGCUCUCGCUGCCGGCGAGUACUCUGAACCCGCUGAUCCUCAGUGCAGCCUCACUCUGCCCAGCGAGCCCUACCAAGAGCAGCCCGAUUCAUUUCCUCAGAGCAGCACCGAGUUUGACGGAAAUUCAGACUCUCCCUCAUCACCAGCAAACCCAGCAUCAUCGCGACCUCCCGAAGACUUGAUCCACGGCCUCUCUCCCCUCCGCGACAUCCCCACGCUCGUCAUGGGCGUUGCAAGCGACAUCCUCUUCCCGGCAUGGCAGCAGCGUGAGAUCGCCGAGUCUCUGCGCUUGGGCGGAAACCGCAGCGUCACACACGUGGAGCUGAGCGAAGAGACGAGCUUGUUCGGCCACGACACAUUUUUGCUAGAUUUGAAAAAUGUAGGAGGGAACUUGAGGCUCUUUUUGAACUAG